UCAUCUGGAACAGGACAAUGAAGUCCCAAACAUUAAAAACAUUGUAGAACUACAGCAGGGAUCUUUCAGUAGAUAAUAGUGCUAAUUUAUGAUGCUCACAGACCUUGGCUACAGGCCCAAUGAAAAACCCCAAAGAAGAUGGAUUAGAUGAGCCACCUCUCAAUCUUUCUUUCUUCUUCUCUGCAAGUUUUGAAAAUAUUUAUCCCAAACGAUGGGGCUGCCCGUUUAUGUUUUGAAGACCUCCUGUCAAUACCCAAAUACUAUAGAUCAGUUUAGUGUCACAUUAAUGAUAAAUGCGAGGGAGAAUUUGCAGAGGGGAAAGCACCUCCCUGACUAUGCCAAUUUCUUUAGAAAUUCCCCUCCUUGUAGUUGAAGCGAUAAAAGGGAAGCGUAAUGCAUGUACAUUUUAUUAGCGUUUUAGGAACAGGGAGUAAAACUGUCAGAUCUCCGGGUUUUUUCUUUCAUGUGUGUCUGGGCAGGUCUAACCCUCAGGUAACGCCCUUUCUCCUUCUUCCCUCCUGCCUCUCCUUGCACCUGUCCACGUAAUGCUCCGGCAGGUCCCGCCCGUCCCCCGCCGCCGCUCCGCUCCGCGCAGGGGCCGCGCCCGCGCCCCCGCCCCCGCCGCGCGUGUGCGCGCCCGGCUGCGCGGGGGGCGCGCCCGGAGCCCCCUCCCCGCCGUCACCGCAGAUCAGAGGAAGGUGCGAGCGGAGGGGGAGCCGGUUUACAAUUUCAAACGCGGCCUCCCCGCAGCGGCUUCAUUAGCAUGUGUCAGGGGACCGCUGUAUAUAUAUACACACGCGCGGGGCUGAUGAGCAGCACCCCGCCGCCUGGCUCACACCGGCUCGGAUCAGCACGGCUCGCCUCCGUUCCGCUCCGCUCGGCCCUGCCGGCUCCCCAUGCUUGGGGCUCCGCCGCGCACCCCCACAUGCCCACCGGGAGAGGCCGGCAGCCGCUCUCCGCCGCCGCCGCGCCCUAGUCCGCUCGCCCCGCGCCCGCAUGGCUCCGCUGGCCGAGGUGGGCGGCUUCCUGGGCGGCCUGGACGGCCUGGGCCAGCCGGUGGGCGCCCACUUCUUGCUGCCGCCCGCCGGGGAGCGCCCGGCGCUGCUCGGGGACCGCCGCGCCCCGGCCGAGCGCGGGGACCGGCGCGCCCCGGCUGCGGCAGCGGCGGCGGACCUGGCGCACUUGCAGGGCAUCCUGCGGCGGCGGCAGCUGUACUGCCGCACCGGCUUCCACCUGCAGAUCCUGCCCGACGGCAGCGUGCGAGGCACCCGCCAGGACCACAGCCUCUUCGGUAUCCUUGAAUUCAUCAGUGUGGCAGUGGGACUGGUCAGUAUUAGAGGUGUGGACAGUGGCCUUUACCUUGGAAUGAAUGAGAAGGGAGAACUCUAUGGUUCUGAGAAACUAACUUCUGAGUGCAUCUUCAGGGAACAAUUUGAGGAAAACUGGUACAACACUUACUCAUCCAAUGUCUACAAACAUGGGGAUUCAGGGCGGAGGUACUUUGUAGCACUUAAUAAAGACGGUACUCCCAGAGAUGGGGCAAGGUCCAAAAGACAUCAGAAAUUCACACAUUUCUUGCCCCGGCCUGUGGAUCCUGAGAGAGUUCCAGAACUGUACAAAGAUGUAUUAGGAUACAGCUGAGGAAAGAGGCAACUUUGGCAAAUACUCAAACUGGAGCUGUUGGCCAUGCUUUCAUGGCAAUGCCAGCCUGAGGAACCUGCAGUGGUCCAGGAUGCUCGAUGUGAAGAACCCACUUGGUGAAAGACAAGCCUCUGUUUUCUAACCACUGGAUUUAGGAGACAAUGUCUUGAAGAUGAGUGUGGACCAGCCUCCUCAAGACUUUCAGAAUGGUUUGGUAGCCAGUCACCAGGGGGAAGUGGGACUUCUUAAAACAUAGCCAGCUCCUGGCAAUUCUGUCUGGAUUACCUGUGGCCUGUAGAUUAGCAAGGAAACAUCUACAUUACAUGGAUGAGACAAUGCUGGAAGAAAUAAAAAGAAAUGGACUAUAAAUUUAUAAUAAAUCCUGAGAACUGUGUGUGAAGUUUUACAGGCUCCACUUUAGUGAUGGACAUUAGAUGUCAAUACAUAGUAGUCAAAACUGGAACUUUUCUUCAGGAUGGACCUAUUUAUACAUCUCCAGAUAGCAUAUAUUUAUUUUAUAUAUUUAUUUAUUAAAGAGUUUAUUUUUUACUGGGAUAUGAAGAGAAUACAAGUUCCUAACCCCAAUGAGAAAUCAUUUACAGUGCCAAUAUUUACUCUGAGUAGUGUCAUGAUACAAAAAUGACAUUACCUUGCAAUGCAUCCAAAACCUGAACAUUCAUGUUUCAUUGUUUAUCAGUUACAGAUAAGUUUAUAUUUUUGUGCAUACCAUUGCCUUGUAACUGUCCUUAUUUGGAAAAGAAUGUUUAAUUUUUUUUUUUUUUUUACUUAUGAGAGUGCCUUACAGAUUGUAUUAAAUUGAAAUGCACAUUUAAAAAGGGAAUUAAAAGUUACUUCACUUUC